UUGUAUUUUUGUAAUCCAGACAACAAUACAUUGUUCCUCGAGAAACCUUACUUGUUGUUCACAUAGUCGCCGAUGGAUGUGAUAGUCGUUUCGGCUCAGUCAAACAGGACUUCUAGAUUCAUAUAAUUAUCUUGUGAUUUUUAGUGCCAUUUGCAAGUAGCAGUUUGGAAAGGAAAGUUGAGUGCUUCCCGUCUCCAGUGGAAAACUUAUUGAAUGUGAAUUUCGCCUUACUUGCAUGGUUACUUGCAUGGUCGUGGAAGUGCACCGAUGAUAAUAUUGUAGUUCCUGAAAAGCUACGUGAAGGAGGGAUGACAAUCAAACCCGUUGCACCUGACCAGAGGAGUUCAUCUGAGGACUCAAGCGAUGGCGACGCCAGUGUUCCACCACCUAGCCGACAGCCGUUUCAUCGACUAGCUUCUCAGGACAGUGAUACAUGUAGCCACUCCUUGGAGGCUGAGAAAUGCACAAGGCAGAAGCGCAGGGCGAAGAAUCGCGUGAAGCGACCAUCCCCAAGUCAGUCCCAAGCGAUGGCGAGUACCAUGCAAAGGGGUGCCGAGGCUUCUGGCUAUAACAGCUCAGACGAACGAGAGGGCAGAGUUCUGAUAUCUAAUGAAAAAGAGAAGCAAUUUGAGCAGCUUCUCUUGAAGGAACUUGGAUUUGUCAUUAGAAAGAUGCGCGAAGAUGGUGCUUGUUUAUUUCGUGCUGUAGCGGAGCAAGUGUACGGUGAUCAGGAGUUCCAUGGCUCAGUCAGAAAAUGCUGCAUGGACUAUAUUUUGCAGAAUGCGGAUCACUUUUCCCAGUACCUAACCGAGGACGUGCGGCAGUAUGUGAGACGGAAGAGUGAGGCGAGCUGCUUUGGCAACAACAUUGAGAUCCAGGCGAUGUCUGAGUUGUUCAGUCGAUCAAUAGAAGUGUAUCAAUAUGAGGCUGCACCGAUUAACAUCUUUCAAAGUGUCUACCAUCAACAGAACGCACCGAUUCGCAUCAGCUACCAUUACAACAGCCACUACAAUGCCGUCAUCGAUCCGGCCAACCCAUCCUUUGGUGUUGGUUUAGGCCUAGCAGGCUUGGAGCCGGGGCUGGCAGAUCGAAGCUUACUGAAGGAUGCGUAUGCUGCAUCGGAGCAGCACGAGUUAGAAGAGACGAUGCUACGUAACCAAAUGAAAGCCAGCGACUGGGAGGCCACUGCCUAUGAGAUGGAGCAGCAAGUAAAGGACAUGUCGUAUCGGGAGCUAUUCCAGGACCGAGGAGAUAAGGUAGCGGAUGGUGCCAGACGCAAGCGUCGACGCUCAUCGCCGCGCACAUCUCCUGCUGGCUUAUCGGAUGAUGAGAGCUACAGUCCAUCCAAACGGCCGUCACCUCCCAGCUCACCGGUCACGUCGCUGCAGUCACUGCAGUUCGUCCAGAAGCAUCAGAUUGCACUGCGGCGCAUACGCAAUGAGAACCUGCUAGGCAUGGGCGCAGCACGGCCUACAGACCGCUCCGUUGCGCCGUCGGCUGGUGGCCAGCCGUUAGCGACUGCACGCACGUCGCUAAGUGCUGCUGCUGCUUCGCGUGCGCAGUCAUCGUGCCGAGCAUCUAGUGUCGUCAGCCCACGACAGUCUCCUUCUCCUCCGCGCCGCGCGUCGCAAAGUCUCCAUCAGCCUGCCUGCUGUUCUGUGUCGCCGUUCUUGGCAGGUGCACCCACCCCAGCUCCUACUACUGUUGCUGCAACUUCUUCUGCUUUUGUUGGUAGCAGUAGCAGCAGUGGUGUUUCAUUUGGGACACUGUCAGCACCUGGCACUGCUCCAGUUGUUGCUUCGACUUCAGGGAGCAGCACAUCAGUAGGAUUGGCGGUCUCGUCUCACUCUGCCCAGCAGUCACGAGCAUCGGCGACUGUGCUAGCAUCCUCAGCGUCGUCUGUGUCAGCGCCACGAUCACCAUCUCUACUCGAGCAACGGGAUGCCAUGGUUGCGGCAGACCUAGUCACUGCAGAGCUACUGGGUGCUAGUAACGCUGUUGACAGUCUGGAUGAGGCUAGUAUUCUGGCUAGUGUUAUCGCCGCAUCGCAACAGGAAUACUUUGACCAACUCCGGGCACGGGGCUCAUCACCAGACAAGUAAUAUGUUGCGUGCGUGAAAGCAGUGGCAAACUAAGCCUACCCAGUGAGUGCAGGACACUCACCUUCACCGACCGGAGCAGUACUGCGACCAGACUUCCGCAAGUACGCCGUGUCUUGUGUUGCUUUUUGUAAACCUGACGGCCACGUGUGCACAUGUCUGUGGGUGUGGAUGCUGUGCUGAUAUCCAGCAUUUCCCCACAUUACUGCCAGCACCGCCGUCUUGUUUCUAAAGAGGUUUGUGGCCAGUAGCAUGUACCGUAGCUUCUCUGCAAAAGCCGCAGUUGUAUAUACCUGUGUAAAUAUCAUAACAGUCAUUCCUCCCUUUUCACAGGUACCCUGGACCAUAUCUGCUGCCCUGGCGUGUUUGGAAUAUUUUUAAACAAAUAAUCUAAGCGGCCCCUCGUCGUAUUUUUUGGCCUACUCAGCGCAACAUGCAAUAGUUGAUAACGAUUAGUCUGCUUUUAUCUGCUCUCCACUUCUCUUGCUGAUGCUGCUUCUGAUGGCUGUGGUGCUUGCUUGUGCUGCGGCCAUCAUCCCUGCUCAUGCUGCCGCUGCCGUCCAGUGCAGCUGUUUGCCACCACCCAGUGUGUGCGUGCAUGUGUGCUUGUGUGUGUGUGUGUGCUUGUGUGUCUGUGUGUGUCUGUGUGUGUCUGUGUGUGUCUGUGUGUGUCUGUGUGUGUGUGUGUCUGUGUGUGUGUGUGUGUGUGUGCAUGUGUGUGUAUGCGUGCGCGCGUGCGUGCAGCACAGUGUUUUGCUUCACCUUGUCGAGUUUCAUAUACGCCGCUUUAAGCCAGUCCAAUACCCACCUAUUUUGAUUUAUUCUCUCUUUACAACACAGCUUAUCCCAGCCUCAGCUCGAAUAGCUGCUGUGUGUUGGUAGUUCGCGCAGCGUUGUGAUCGAUUGCCAUCGUCGCGCACUUUCCAUGUAGGUCCUUGUAACAAGUGUCUCCUGCAUAAUGCUAUUAAUGGUGUUUUUUACUCUCCGUUUUAUUCAUCCGUGUUUGUACCAUUGUGUUGUUGAUCUUGGUGUUUCGAUAGUGCUUGUUAGUGCAGUACGAUCAUGCAAUAGUUGUGUACAUUGCUCACGAUCCCGGUGUAGAGCAUCCUAUCAUUAAUAUAAAGAAGGCGCUGGAAUGUGCUACAAACGCAGUCAUACUCCGUCAGUGUUGAGUUUUUUCAAACACUUUUUAUACUGUA